GCCCUCUCCCGACUUGCUAUUGGUGGGCUUUUCAGCAUCUCCUCUCGUCUCGGAACGUGAUUGGCAAAGCGUUUCCCCCUCCGCUCCGCUCGCGAGGCGGCUCCUCACCGCCGGCUGCAUUCCAGCUGUUGGGAUUGGGAGUUGCAGCUCCUCCUCCAUUCUUCUCUCUCUCUCUGGCGCGCGGUGACCCCUCCCCUCAUGCCAUGGCUUCCUCCGACCUGGCCCGGCAGAUGCGCUAUCAAUCUGAUAUCGGAAUGAGAGCACACUCCAAUCAACCAGUAAAUAAUCAAGAUGCAAGGAGGCAGGGUUGCCGACCCUUAUCCUUGUCUGGUCAUGUUGGUUUCGAUAGUUUGCCAGAUCAGUUGGUUAAUAAAUCUACCCAUCAGGGGUUCUGCUUCAACAUUCUCUGUAUUGGUGAGACAGGAAUUGGGAAAUCAACUUUGACUGAUAGUUUGUUUAAUACCAGUUUUGAUGACCGUGUGUCAACACACUUUCAGCCAAAUGUAAGACUUAAAGCUGAGACAUACGAACUCCAAGAAAGCAAUGUUCGACUGAAGCUGACCAUUGUCAAUACUGUUGGAUUUGGUGACCAGAUAAAUAAGGAAGAUAGCUACCAGCCAAUAGUGGAUUACAUAGAUGCACAGUUUGAGUCUUACCUCCAGGAAGAGCUGAAAAUUAAACGCUCCUUAUAUAAUUACCACGACACUCGCAUCCACGUGUGCCUCUACUUUAUUUCACCCACAGGGCAUUCCCUCAAAAGUCUUGAUUUAUUAACCAUGAAAAAUCUUGAUAGCAAGGUGAACAUUAUUCCACUUAUAGCCAAAGCAGAUACAAUUUCUAAAUCUGAACUGCAGAAAUUUAAGAUCAAAAUUAUGAGUGAGCUGGUCAGUAAUGGAGUCCAGAUAUACCAGUUUCCAACAGAUGAUGAGAGCAUUGCCAAAAUUAAUGCCAGCAUGAAUGGACACCUGCCAUUUGCUGUAGUGGGGAGUACGGAAGAAGUCAAGAUCGGAAACAAAAUAGUAAAAGCUCGCCAGUAUCCUUGGGGCAUAGUGCAAGUGGAAAAUGAGAACCACUGUGAUUUUGUGAAACUUCGGGAAAUGCUGAUUUGUACAAAUAUGGAAGACUUGAGAGAGCAGACUCAUGUGCGCCACUACGAACUGUACCGGCGGUGCAAAUUGGAAGAGAUGGGCUUCCGAGACACCGAUCAAGAAAACAAACCUGUCAGUCUACAGGAGACUUACGAAGCCAAGCGGCAUGAAUUCCUUGGUGAAUUGCAGCAGAAAGAAGAGGAGAUGAGGCAGAUGUUCGUUCAGAGGGUCAAGGAGAAAGAAGCACUGCUGAAGGAAGCUGAGCGAGAACUACAAGUGAAGUUUGAACAUUUAAAACGGCUUCAUCAAGAAGAGAGGAUGAAAGUGGAGGAGAAAAGAAAGCUCCUGGAGGAUGAAAUGAGUGCAUUCGGUAAAAGAAAAGCUGCUUCAGACAUACUCCAAGGGAGGGCCCUGCCCCCCACACCCACAGUUGGUUUAAAAAAAGACAAGGAUCGGAAAAACUCUGGCUUUAUGUGAAACUGAAGAUACAAGAAGAAAUUCUUCACAGUUCUCUAUGAUGAAAUGUCGAUCACCCUCCCCCUUUUUUAAUGAAAGCGAAGUUGAAAACUGAUCAUUGCUUAAUCAAUGAAAAAGUAUAUUAAAAUGUAUAAUCAGUUUUGCAUAAUGUACUGUAGGGUUGCUGUUGCAUUAAUAUAUUUAAAAGGAUGUUUCUUUUAAGCAGCCACUGAUAUGCACUUAAACUAUAUACCCGUGGUCAAGUUGCACACACCAAAGAUUACUGUGCCAUAAAACAGUUUUCAUUUGAGUUAUGAGCACUGUAGUACAGAAGUGAAUAUAUAUUGCAUAUGUUUUAAAGAACUGGUGCCUUUUAUCCUGUUUUAGCUAUACACAAUUGAACACAUUUAUUCAGCUGAAUAAAAUAUGUAAACCUGUUUAAAUAACCACUUCCUUUCCUCAAAACGGACUUACAAAUGUCCUUUCUAGGUUUGUGAUAAUGAUAAGCUUUUGAAUUAUUCAUGAAGUAUUUGUGCAAGCAUUAAGCUUCAUUUCCAAAUAUAUUUUGAGAACCAGUUUGGUUUUUAAACAUACCUGCCACUUGAACAGGCUUUGCUGUUCUUCAGCUUAUGUUACAUGCCGCCAAUCAUGUGGAAACUAGAAAUUUACCAAAACAAACAAAACCAGGUUUGGUUCAUGAGAACCCUGACAAAUUGAGUUUGUAAGAUGAUAGAUCAAGUGCCUUAAAGAGAGAUCUUCCGUCUGUUUAACACUUUGCCAACUAAAUUUGCACAGCUGGCUGCAAAAUCCUUCUUUUAACUCUGCAGUCCUGUGCAUGAUCAACCAGAAGCAGGUUCUCUUGUGUUCAGCAUGGGCAACGGGGCGGCUGACUCCAAGUAAGUGCAUAGAGGAGGGAUGGGGGACCUGUGACCUCCAGGUAUUGUUGGACUCCAACUCCUGCUACCCUCAGAUAGCAUGGCCAAGUGGUCAGGGAUGAUUGACAUUGUAGUCCAGCAACAUCUGGAGGGCCACAGGUUGCUCAUCAUUUGUGUUUACAAUUGCAGCCUAACUCGAGGCUUAGGAAGUUCUGAGUAACCAUGUAGAAUAUUGUACUCUAAAUGUAAUCUUAACUUAAUUUUAAAGUUAUUGUACAACUUAUGGCAGCCAAUAGUCGUUAACCUUUGUAUGGUUCCUUUUUUACUAAUAAGCAAAAGCAGCUGUAUCUGCAAUCCUCGUAGAUUUCUGCAGGACUUAAAAAACAUGUAUAUAUAAAUGCAUAACUUGGAAAAUAAACACACAAUGUUAUCCAUAA